UUCAAGUUUGAAAUUUCCUGAUGAAUUCAGUUGAGUCUAUUCCUCUGGUUUCAUAGACGAGUGCUGCAAAGGUUGAAGAAGAAUCCAUGUGCAUGCUAAAGAGAGACCUCACUACGCCAGACAGCCUGCAAGAGGUAAAAAUAGGUGAAAAAUUGCAAGGAAAAUGUCUCAGAAAUGUCUCCCCUGAGUCUCCUGUUAAGCUUUACUGCUGCUAUAUAGUGAUCAUGGUUCUCACUGUAACUGUAAUUGGACUUUCGAUUGCUUUGUCAGUGAGGAAAGAAAUCGUAGCCAUUUCAAGACCUGGACCUUACUAUUCUACAUGUCCAAAAGACUGGAUUGGAUUUGGAAGCAAAUGUUUUUAUUUUUCUGAAGAUGUAAGAAAUUGGACAUUCAGUCAAACCUACUGCAUGGCACUAGAGGCCCGUCUUGCUCUAUAUGAUAGCCUUGAGGAGCUGAAUUUCCUGAAGAGAUACAAGGGAGCUUCUGACUACUGGAUUGGUCUGCACAGAGAGUCACCAGAGCAUCCUUGGACAUGGACAGACAACACUGAAUAUAACAACUUGUAUGUUUUUUAGAUGACUUUUUUUUCUAUUGUGAUCAUUUGUUGUGAAGUGUGUUUCUUGUGUCUAUAAGAGAUUGAUAAUUGUGUCAUGUGACUCCAACUGUACUGAAAAGAAAGAAAUACAAACCGUCUAAGUGGAGGAGUGACCCAGAUGUAGGGUGUGUGCUUACGUGCAGAGCCAAAUUCAAGCAACCUCCACAUUCCUACAAAUUUAAAUACUUUGGAUGUUCUCCCACUCAUUGGCCAUAAUUUUCACAGCAUUUUCUUAGUGUGAUUUCACUCAAAGUCUUUAGCAUGAUGGGUUUAGCACUUGGGUUAGAUUUUGUCUGCUGUAUCCCUCAUCAAAAAUUUUCCUUGACAAGAGACACUCUCAUGAGAAGUAGAUAGAAGCUAGGAUGGGCAGUUAGAGCUCUGAAACCCCAGGAAGCCACUGCAGAACCAUGGAUUAUGGCUUGUCAGAAAGCUGUUUGCACAGCUAACUGUUCACAGUUACCGAAACCCGAGGGAUAUUCGGAGCCUCCACUAAAGUCUCAACAUCAAAGAGUACUGAGACACCUCUUGGAUGAAAGAAUAGCUCUUUGAAUAGAACAAUAAAACACAGGCUGAGUCACAUCCAUCAUUAAAGUCCUGUCAGUAAUUUACUAAGAAAUGGGUUUUUUCCCUUCUUUUAUAAAUGUGUAAAAUGUAUCAAGAUAGAACUGAAAAUCAUCUUAAGUGACGCCACCCAUGCAUGGCAGCAGUGCAUUUGAACAUGACAUCAAAAGCCAGUCAAAUGCCUUUGCAAAUUAUACAAGACUCAACGUGAGCAAAUGACAAAAGUGUGGUGUUCAAGUCGAACUUUGACAUAUAGAAGUUCCUAGGUGCAAAACUAGUUCAGGUGUUUGAAUGUAAUACGGCCUAUAUGGAAAUUUUUUUGUCUGUUUUUUGCUUUAGGGUUUUCACCCAAGGAAGCAGAGAAUGUGCCUACCUGAGUGACAGUGGGAUCAGCAGUGCCAAGGACUACACACCUAAGAAGUGGAUUUGUAGCAAGUACAGCAGAUAUACUUUACAAUGCACAGAAAUUUUCAACCCAGGAUAGGGAAUAUGCCAAAGCAUGCCUGAUAAACAGAUGCUCUGUGACCUGUUAUCUACAGUUGCUGCCUCACCCCUGAUCUGCUAAAAUCAUCAAAAUCCUUCAAUAAUAUGUGUUGACAACAAAGAUGAAAACUCAGAGGAUCAUAGAUAAGGAAAAUGAGCAUGAAUGAUUUUAAAUUCAAUAGGUAUUUGAAUAUGAGUUAGUAUUCAUAUAUUAAACUUAAAAUACAAUCAUAUCUGUAUUAGUGAGCUUAACCUUUAGGACCAGAAUUUUUUAAAUUGGUUUAUGUAUUGAAAGCAUGGAACCUAAAAAUAUGGGAUGACUGAGUCCAUGGAAGUGAUUCAAUAACUACAAUAGAGAUAAUAAUUGGUGUGAAGUCUCCAAAUACUAUUGUAAAUUUGGUCAUCAUUCUUUUACAAAAUUCAAUGACCAUUAUGAAGGGAGAUAUAGACAAGACCACAUUCUGUGAUUUAAUACCAUUGUCAAAAUGAUUUUAAAUUUUACUUAUCAGUGUUCUUUUUUAAUUCAAAUAGACUAAGAAUAUAUUAUUAGAAAAUGUCAAUUUAGCUUUCUGAUGAAACUUUUUUGGGAGUUUCAUGUUCAAGAAUGCUAAAUUACUGAACCUCCUUAAAACAUUUUAUUCUAAUCUUGCAAUGAUUUAAACAUUUUUAAUAUUUAGGAGCAAAAUAUUUUUCUUGAUCAUAUGCUAUACUGUACUGAUGAGUCCCAAAAAGGACGAAAUAACAGGUCACAAGCAUCUUUUCUGCUAACUCUGUCUUCUCACUUUAUUGACACAUAGUUUAAAUCUUCUCAGGCAUGCUAGGCAAACACUGUACUUCUCAUAUUUACCACCAUCCCUUCUUGUAAAUUUUGUUUUGUAACAAGACUGCUUUGUAAUUCCCAAAUGACUGUAAUUGGAGCUAUGUAUUACCACAGAGGAAAUGUCUUUACUCUUUAUUAAAAUAUUUGUUCAUGAACAGUGAUAUGACUCUGAAGGUAAAUGCACCUGCCACUAAGAUUGGUAACUUGAUUUUGACACCCGGACCCACACGUUAGAAGGAGAAAAGCUUCCACAGAAAGUUUCUCCUAUGGCCUUCACAGUUGUGCUAUACAUAUACAGAUCCCAAAUAAGUAAGGAAAAUAAAUAAAACAUUUAAUGGUU